AGCGAAUCCUGGGCUGCCAAAAAGAGUCGGAUACGGCACGGUUCACCAUAUGGUCACCUUGCUAACUGGGAUUGCGUAUCUGUCAUUGUAAAAACUGGUGGUGAUUUGCGUCAAGAGCAGCUCGCUGUUCAACUUAUCAAAGAAUUUGAGCGGAUAUGGCAAGAAGAAAACUGCCAAUGCUGGGUAAGAUACUUCCGCAUCCUGAUUACUGGGGCAUCUUCCGGUCUUGUCGAGACUAUAACGGAUGCUGUGUCAAUCCAUUCAAUCAAGAAGGCCGAGUAUGCACGGCGAUUAGCGGAAGGCCGACUGGGGCAUGUUACACUGCUUGAUCAUUUUAGAUCGACAUACGGCGAUCCAACGUCGGCAAAAUUCACUCGUGCGCAGCGUAACUUUGCGAAAUCCUUGGCAGGAUACUCGAUUGUGACGUACUUGCUACAAAUCAAGGACCGACAUAAUGGCAACAUUCUGCUAGACCGGGAAGGCCACCUCAUUCAUAUUGAUUUUGGUUUCAUGCUAUCUAACUCUCCGGGUAAUAUUGGAUUUGAGGCAGCGCCGUUCAAGCUACCACCAGAAUAUUUGGAGGUCCUAGGUGGUAUCGAGAGCGAACCUUUCUUGGAAUUCAAGCGACUGUUCCGAG